CAAGAACCCAAGUGCCUGUGAAGCAGAAAGUUUCCUGUUCUCACCCUUUGCAAAGGAGCUGGAGCAGUUCAGUGAGAUCCAGGAGAGAGGAGGAGUGCAGCGAGCUGGGAGAACCCCGAGAAGCGGCCAAGGGAUUCGAGGACCAAGCGAGGGGCUGCUGCAGACCACACCGUGCGGGGGCUGGGCUUUGCUUUACUCCCCCCUCCCCACGAGAUAAAUAAGCACAAAUCUUACACUCGCGUCUGUGUAAAAGGGCUUUGGCGUCUGGAAUUACACCCCUUCGGCUGCAUCACUGCUGGGAACCGCGCGUUACCAGGAACCGUCUACCUGCCGGGCUCCCAGGAGGAUUUGGCUUGUGUGUCUUGGAGAGAGCUUAUCCGGCGAGGAUGGAUCUCUUGCACCUCUUACGGCUGCUGCUUAGUGCCUGUGUGUUCGGCCUGUCCCAGACAAUCAACCCCUUUGUGGUGCAGCAAACUGCAUCUGACCCUUGCUACGAUGAGAACAGCGCCCCCCGGCGCUGCAUCCCCGAGUUUGUCAAUGCCGCCUUUGGGAAGGAAGUGCAGGCCUCCAGCACGUGUGGGAAGCCUCCCACUCGCCACUGCGAUGCCUCAGACCCCCGCAAAGCCCACCCGGCAUCUUACCUCACCGACCUCAACACUGCCGCCAACAUGACAUGCUGGCGCUCCGAGAGCCUGCACCUUUCCCCUCAAAACGUCACGCUCACCCUCUCCCUGGCCAAGAAGUUUGAGGUGAUUUACGUCAGCCUGCAGUUCUGCUCGCCCCGGCCUGAGUCAGCGGCCAUUUUAAAAUCUAUGGAUUAUGGUAAGACCUGGGUGCCUUACCAGUACUACUCCUCCCAGUGCCGGAAGAUCUACGGCAAGCCCAACAAAGCCACCGUCACCAAGCAAAAUGAGCAGGAGGCGCUCUGCACUGAUGGCCACACAGAUCUGUACCCACUCACUGGGGGCCUCAUUGCCUUCAGCACGCUGGACGGACGGCCCUCCGCCCAAGAUUUUGAUAACAGCCCAGUGCUCCAGGACUGGGUGACAGCUACGGACAUCCGGGUCAUUUUCAGCCGCCCCCAUUUGUUCCGAGAGCUGGGGGGCCGGGACAAUGAGGAGGAGGAUGGCGGGACCGGCUUGUCUUCAUACUACUAUGCCGUGGGUGAGUUCCAGGUCGGGGGGCGGUGCAAGUGCAAUGGGCACGCCUCCCGCUGCAUGAAGGACAAGGAGGGCAAGCUGGUGUGCGACUGCAAGCACAACACUGAGGGCCCCGAGUGUGACCGCUGCAAACCCUUCCAUUAUGACCGCCCGUGGCAGAGGGCCAACGCCAGGGAGGCCAACGAGUGUCUAGCCUGCAACUGUAACCUGCAUGCCCGGCGCUGCCGCUUCAAUAUGGAGCUGUACAAACUCUCAGGCAGGAAGAGCGGAGGUGUCUGCCUCAACUGUCGCCACAACACAGCCGGCCGGCACUGCCAUUACUGCAAAGAGGGGUUCUACCGGGACAUGAGCAAAUCCAUCACCGACCGCAAGGCCUGCAAAGCUUGUGACUGCCACCCUGUUGGUGCAGCUGGUAAAACCUGCAACCAGACCACCGGGCAGUGCCCAUGCAAAGAUGGUGUGACAGGGCUCACCUGCAAUCGCUGUGCCAAGGGUUACCAGCAGAGCCGGUCACCUGUGGCUCCAUGCAUCAAGAUUCCUGCCAUCAACCCAACCUCCGUGGUCACCAGCACAGAAGAGCCAGCAGACUGUGAUUCGUACUGCAAGCCAGCCAAAGGCAACUACAAGAUUAAUAUGAAAAAAUACUGCAAGAAGGAUUAUGUUGUCCAAGUGAAUGUCUUAGACAUGGAGACAGUGGCCAACUGGGCUAAGUUCACCGUCAACGUCCUCUCGGUCUACAAGUGCCGCGACGAGCGCGUGAAGCGUGGUGAUAACUUCCUGUGGAUCCACAUGAAAGACCUGGCCUGCAAGUGCCCCAAGAUCCAAAUCAGCAGAAAAUACCUUGUCAUGGGGAUCAGCGAAAACCCCACUGACCGUCCAGGACUAAUGGCAGACAAGAACAGCCUGGUUAUCCAGUGGCGGGAUGCCUGGACCCGGCGCCUGCGGAAACUGCAGCGGCGAGAGAAGAAGGGGAAGUGUUUGAAACCAUGAUGGGUUUUGUGUCUGUCCCUUACUAAAGUCCCCGCCCUAUGCGCACUCUUCAGACUGUUCCCCAGAGACUCUGUAUAUAUAUAUAGCGAGAACAGACUCUCCUGUCUAUAGUGUAUAUUUGCGAUGGGUUCCUUUGUGUGCGUGAAGGCCCGGGUGUGCCUGGGGGGGGGGGGGUGUCCUUAAUGUUGAUUAAAAGUAACACAGUAAGGACAAGCCUUUAAAGAGGAGUGAAGUGCAGGAUGAGCCGAGUGUUACUAGGUCUGAAGUUGCUCAGAAGAUAUAAGCAAAAGACCUCUCUGUCUGGGCCCCUCUCCUGUGGGUGUCUCUCAAUGUUUCUGAUCUCUCUUCCCUUUUGGUGAUGAGCUCCAUGCCCUGCUUGCUCCCAGUGUCCAAGCACAAGUCCUCAACUCUUCACUUGGCCACAGUACACCUGGGUGUGGAGAAGUCUAAGCUCUUCAGUCCCCUUCCCAUCCAUAGCAACUGAGACUGACCUGGUGUCAGUUCAUGGAUUAUGAGGCAAGAAGAGACCACUGUGAUCAUCUCGUUUGCCCUCCUGAAUAGCACAGGCCAGAGAAUUUCCCUGACGUACCUUCCCCCAUUCCCAUCUUCUACCCUAUUUCAGGUCUCCCUGAAGGGAAAGCAAAAGCAUUGGACAUAGAGGGUCAGAUUCUUCUGUCAUAUGUACUGGUAUAGAUAAGGAAUAAGUGCAUGGCUUGUUAAUGGAUUUCCAUAUGCAUCCAGAAUGAGAGGAGAUUCCAGCCCUGGAGUUCCAUGAAAAACCAAAGGGUCUGAUUUGCCAGUUACACCAUGUUAAUGCUGAUAUACCACCACUGAUUUCACUGGCAUGACACUGACGUGACACAGUGAGAAUCAGGCCUUUUGGGUUUAUUCAGCGACUGCUGCCAUGGACCAGCCCCCACCUACAGACUGGUCUUAGCCAAGGUCACUGCCAAAGGCCCUCUUAUAUCCUCUCAGAAAAUGUGUAUGUUUGUGGGGGAAGAUCCUCAGCUGGGUGAAAAUCAGCCAAUUUGUAUCAGCUGAGGAUCUGGCUCGACAUGCAUAAAUCAGCUGUGGGCCUGAUUCUGCCCUGCUUUUCACCUGGUGUAGUUAUUUUCAUCUGGGCCAAAGGACUGUGAAAUGCUGCCAUUUGGACUUGGACAGUGUUUUGCAGAGGUGUAAAUGAGGGCAGAAGGUGAAAUCCCAGGAAGACUGAGUCCUCGGAGUGUUUUUGUGCUUCCCCAGCCCUCUGAGUCUCAAGGGGUAGGAUUGAUAAAGCAAAGUUAAUGCACUGGUGGUUAUGGUGAGAAGCUCUAGUUCACCAGGGCAAGGGAAUUGUAGUCCCUUAACACAGGCACAUUCCAAAUGGGCACAGAGUGGGCCUGGGUGGCUGUUGGAUUGGAUCUACUCAGAGGGCAGGAAAUGGUGCAGCAAGAUAAUGGAGCAGCCUGGAAACAGAGUGUGGCGGGAUAAUCCUUGUAAACCAAUUGCCGUGGGCACCUGUGGCUCAGGGAGGCAUUAUGCUGCAGAGCAGUUUAAGACUGAGGCUCAUUGGCAGAGCUGUGUGAGGGCCCAGGUCUAGCACAGGGACCAUUGCAGGUUAAGAUACUGGCAGAAUUGUGUAGUAGCUCAGGAAUGGAAGAGUGUGUUGUGAGGCCAGACUGAGGUGAUCUGCAUAGUGAUGCAGGACUGAACACCAGGAGGUGCUUUGGGGCAUGGUUAAGGUACAUUAGCAGAGCUGGCUGAAGGCCCAGAAUUGGCUUAGCAAAGCUCUUUGAGGUCAGGACUGUCAUGCACUGAAGGCCCAUGAAUGCUGGCAGAACAAGGGGUUGCUGAAAAUCAAAGUUCCAUAGCUGUGGGAGGACCAGAGACAGACUAGCAAAUGGUCACAUGAGGUGUGCUAGCUGGACUAGUUUGCCCAGCGGCUGCCUUUGCUGUUCUCACAGCAGACAGCACUAGCAGGUGCACCCUUGUGUUUGCAUUAGUACAUGGAGCAGAGUGGAAAUGCACAUUCCUGACACCUAGUCACUACUCAUGUUAUUUACAUUCAGCCUCCAUCAUGGGAUGGUCAUUGAAUCACAAUCCAGUCCGUCCGUCCCCCCCCGCCCCCCCCGGCCAGGCCCCAGAAGGUAAUGUCACCUGGGACCAUACAUGUGAGGCCAUGUUUUCUUACAAUGCCAAAACCUGGCUAAUUAUUGAAAUCAAUUGCAAAAAAAACCCACCCUUUUCUCCAGGGGGCCUGUGAGUUCACACUGCAGCCUGAUUCUCCUCUCAUACCAAUUUUACACCAGUGCAACUUGCUUGAUUUGAGUGCAGUUACUCCUCAUUUACCCUGGUGUAAGUGUGAUCAGGACCAGACCCACAGUGUGCUGUGUCACACAUAUUUUGCACACCCACUGAACACCAAAGCCCUGACGCUGAUCUCAUUUACACCCAUGUAAUUCCAGAGCAACACCAUUAAAGGCACCUGAGCUACCCUGGCUUUACAUUGAUGUAACUGACCUCUGGAGUUGACCCCCCCCCCUCAAAAAAAAAACCCCACAAGCCAUUGCUGUGCUAGGAAUUGUCAUUUCCUAACCAAUUUACACCAUGGGGCAAACUCAGGCCUGGUGUAAGAAGCUGCAAUGCCAUUUUUGACUAUGCUUAGGGAAGAAGCUGUACAAUGGUUUAUUAUUGUAGGGUUACAAAUAAAGCCCAUUUUGUUUGUGGCCCUACUAAUGUAUUCUAGCAGAACAACACUCUAGCAACCUUCAGGGCUCAUUUUUGGCUUCUGAGCCGUACCAAUGCCCCCUCCAUCCCGUGUCAAUCCCCUUACCUACUGCUGACACAUGCAAAGGGGCACCUAGAGCCUGACUGCAGCAUAAGCUAGCGUGGCAGCUGCCUAGCCUACUCCAAUGAGGGGUGGAAGGCUGAGACCUGUCUCCCAGAACGUGGCUCAUGGGACACGGGAAUACUGGCUAGAGCGUGGCGGAGCGGCGCGAAUGCCCAACACCUGUGGGCCGGCAAUGAGAUGGGGGGCAGGGCUUCCAGAGUUGCGCUGAAUAUAGUAAUUGACAUAAUGGCCACAGGCGCCUUGACAAGUAACAGACUCGUGUGUCACUAACACAGGUGUGACGCGGGCCCAUUUGUAGCAUAGUAACUGCUCGUCCCUCGGGUCACCUGCGUUGGUGUAGUUGCUUGGCAGGGCUUUGAGCGAACUCGCUCGCUCCUGGCGUUAAAUGUUACAGGUACUUUUUGUUUAAAAUGUUCCUGUGAAUUACAGCCGCACAGUGAGAGCAAACGUCAUGUCCCCUCCCGCUCCACGUGCAGCCCCUGUGCUCUCAGGAGCGGGGGGGAAGGGCCCAGGUAGCACAAGGCUGGUGCACAAUCUGUUCAGGUGCCAGCUGAUGGGGAAAAUGCACAGAGCACCCAUGCCCUGCUUUAGCCUAAUGUGACUCUACCUUCCCGCCCCUCCGGUGCCUGUGAGCCACAGGACCUGGUCCACCCCCGCCUUACCCUGUGUGCAGUCCGUUAACACUAGUGCAACGUGGUCAUGCAACCUGUUACCAAGUAAUGGGCCAGACCCUCAGCUGCUGCAGCCUGUCAUAACUCCACGGAGGGCAACAGAAGCACUUCUUACACCAGCUGAGGAGCUGGCCCAGGAGUGGGAGUGCUUGACACCCCCUUGCAGCACACAGGGUGCAGGGUAGGGGAGAAUCAGGCCCACAGGCCUCUGCAGCGGUGUGAUGGGCUCCGGUCAACUCCCACUGAAGCCUAAAGAGGCUUGUUCUGCUGGCUUCUAUGGGCACAGUCGCCAUCACUUUCGCUGUCCCUAGUUUCUGGGGGGUAGGGGAGACGGGGUGUGUGUGUGUGUGUGUGUGUGUGUGUCCGUGUGUGCGUGCAUGUGUGCUGCUGUUCCUGUUCUGCAACAAAGACCCUCUCAAAGUGACCAGGAAAGUGUGCAACUGUCACAGUAACUGCUUAACUCCCAAGCUGCUAGGCACAAACCAAGAGAAGGGUGGUUUUUUUGUGGAGGGGUUUUGCAUGGUCGCUGAGAACGGCUGCUCCUGGGUGAAUAUGCUGUGGAGAAUUUCUCACUUUCUCAUGCACUAAAUGCCACUUGGGCUGCACCUUUUGGGGGAGGAAACUCACCCCACAUAGAGUUGCAGCACAAGUGCAUCUUAAAUCACACCUACACCCUGAGUGGGGCUGCAGGGGCGCUGAAGCUGCCUGCUGACCAUCUGUACAAGGGGUAGACUUCACUGCUGUAGCUUAUGAACCUUGGGUGCCCAGACUGCAGCCUGAGGGUCAAAUCCAACCCAGCCCAGCCUAAAACAAAGCUCACUGCUGCUCUCUCUGUGUCAGGUGAGGACAAAACUGUCGGGUUUGACAGCUGGUGAACUCAGACCACAAGGCAUUUCACGUCAUAUUCCUUUACUGAGCAGGUAAAUGCUAUGGUUGACAUUUGCAAAGCUGGCUAGGGGAGUUAGAUGCUGCUCUAAUUAAAGAGGCACAUCUACAGCCCCUAGGCUGCUUGGAGACUCUCAGCCUGUGCCUGUGUGCCUUUACUUUGUAUUUAAACAUACAACCAUAUAAGGGCAGAUUCAGGACAGUUUUUGGUGUUUUGGCAAGUUGCCCUUGAACGUUGCAACGUUUGGGCACCCAGAAUGGUAGGUAUGACAUGGGCCAAGCCUGCUGCAGGAAACACCAUCUCCCUGACCCUCUCCUCAGGCCAGCUUUGGACCUCUAGGUUAUAACAUGUAUGUCUUGUCAAUAGUUUCCAAUAUGCAACAGAGCAAAAGAAUUGGAGGGAGGCUGUGGACCAGGACAUCUCCAUGAAAUAAUGUUGAAUAUGUAAAAAAAAAAUAACAACCAAUGUUAUGGAACAUAGUGUAACAUAUAUAAGAUAUGUACUUUUUCUUUUUUAUUAUUAUUGUUUUUAAUAACACGAGUCUAAUGUGUAUUGCCUGCCUAAAUCGGUGUUUUCUUUCCCUGAGACUGCAGUUUGCAUUUGGCUUUUGAUGCUAAACUGCUGAUGACACCUCAUCCCCCACCCCGGACAUGGGUUCAGUUGCUUCUUAAUUGCACCAGUAAGGCCCACUUGGAAGCAUGCCUCGCGCAGAGCACAAGGCAAGUGCUCAGCAUAGCAGGGGUAAAUGUGCUUAUUUACACCAGCUGAAGAUCUGUGAGUUUGGGGGGUGGGACUGAGACCCAGACUGGAUUCCAAAGGAGGAGGUUCAAGGGAUCCCAUCAAGAUCAAAAGCAAGGACCCUGAUUCUGAGCUCACUUAGAAUGAAAUUCAGCCCUGUGCAUGCAGCCCUGGGCCUGUGCACGCUGAUUACAUUCCACUUGCUGUGAGUAGUGCCUCGACUUCGGGCUGGUGUUUUGCACAGGGGUGAAGGUCACUCUUACCCCCAUUUUACUCUGGUGCAACCCCAUUUGCUUCAGUAACUGGACAUGGGGGUCCGAGUGAAACCAAAAUCAGGCACUGGGGCCAACUCUGCUGGCAACGAUUGGUGCAGCUCCAUGGCAAUCACGGGACUUGGGGCAGUUUGCACCAGUAGAAAAUGUGCCUCCAUGGUUUUAAAAUUGCCUGUAGCUUUGUUACUAGCGCCACCUUUGCUGAUGAAAUAUGCCUCCUCAGCUGGUGUAGAUCAGCACGGCUGCAGGGGUUACAGCGGCACGCCACAGCGGAGGUGCUGCCUCGGCCCUCUGAAAGGGGUAGAGCAAAAAGCCCACUUCUCUUCACUUGGUGGAGCGUAAAGAAAGGCUGGCCAGUAACCACACAGAAAACGGCCACCGAGGCGAGCCGAUGAUACGAGUAGGGGAUGGUGCAUGCACACGCUUACUGGUCACGCUUAUGUUAAGGGUCCACUUACAAAUAGUUUCUAUAAGGUGGAUAAAUAAUUAACAGAUGCUAUAAGCAUGUGACAGCUAUGAGUGGUCUGUGUGACAGCAGGUUAUGAACAAAUCAGGAGGCAGUGUUACAGAUGAUUAUAUGUAAUCUAUUGAUCUGUUGGAUUGUAUAACAAUCUGUAAUAAAUGAUGGACUAUUUAUUAAA